AGGUAAAGUCGGCGUUCUCUCUCCAGAGCUCUCUGGAGUCGCAUUCUCAAUCCGAAAUUCAUACUGUUCGCGUCGAAGUCGCGCUAAAACACCGAGAACAAUUAAUCGCAUGAAGAACUGCAGCUGAAAUCGCGAGACAAUAGAGCACAAAACCAAGCAAAUACCGUACAAAUCAGCUACGUUUAUGGCGCAUCAGGAGAAGAGGAAGAGUCUGCGCCCCGUCGCCCCCGCCUUUCAUCACACAAACAACAACAACAACAAGGAGCAGAGCUAACACAAAAUACCUUACAUAUAUAUUUUUGCUACCACUUUUGUAUGGUUAACACUAAGAACGCUCCAUUGAUUUAUUGAGCACACUGCCGAGUUUUCAAGUUUUUCAAGACGUUGCCAGCUGUUUCCACCGCUCUUCGCCUCCCCAUCUUCCCUCCUCCUUCCUCUAAAGAAAGCGAGAGCGCGGUCAACGUCCUGCGAAGAGAGAGAGAAAGACAGAGAGACCGCGAUAGCAGCGAAGGUGAGCGAAAGGACACCGGCGGCCUCUUCUUCUUCGCCGCGAAGUAAUUUAAAGUAAAUCUGAAGUGGCAAACAAAGUUGUUAAAGAUAAGGCCCACAGGCCGGCAAACGUAAUCGUAAUCAGCAACGUAAUCCCCCGCGAACCAGAAAAUUAAACCCAAAAUGCGCCUGUUUCCAGUCCGAUUCUCCGCCGCCUCCUCUUCGCUGGGGAGUCUGGCCAAAAUGCUCGACUUCUACUCGGGCUUCAAUCCGUCGCCCCUCUCGAUAAAGCAGUUUAUGGACUUUGGUCAAAAUGCCUGCGAAAAGAAAUCUUACAUAUUCCUGCGCAAGGAGCUCCCAGUUCGACUGGCGAAUAUCAUGAAGGAGAUCGCCCUUCUCCCGGAUAACCUAUUGCACACAAGAUCCGUAAGCGAAGUGAGCUCCUGGUACGUCAAGAGCUUCGAAGAUGUGCUCAUUUACGAGAAAGCCGAGCCCACCCACGACAAUCUGCAAAAGUUUGUGGCCGAUUUAGAUCUCAUUAGAAAUCGACACAACGAUGUAGUGCAAACGAUGGCUCAGGGUGUGAUCGAAAUGAAGGAGAACGAGGGCGGCCAGGUGGAUGCGCCCACCGAGAGCUCCAUUCAGUACUUUCUCGACAGGCUCUACAUGUCACGGAUCAGCAUUCGCAUGCUGAUCAACCAGCACACCCUGCUCUUUGGAGGAAAUCCCCAUGCGGGUGGCCGCCACAUUGGGUGUCUGGAUCCCGCCUGUGAUCUGUCGGAUGUGGUUCGCGAUGCCUACGAGAACGCCCGCUUCCUGUGCGAUCAGUACUACCUGACCAGUCCGGCGCUGGAGAUCCAGCAGCACAGCAGCGAGCCUGGCGACAACCUGCCCAUCCGCACAGUGUACGUGCCCUCUCAUCUGUACUACAUGCUUUUCGAGCUCUUCAAGAACUCCAUGCGUGCGGUUGUGGAGCACCAUGGCCAUGACAACAACGACACAUUGCCGCCGCUGAAGGUGGCCAUUUGCAAGGGCAAGGAGGACAUCUGCGUGAAGAUCUCUGACCAGGGUGGCGGCAUUCCCCGCUCCCAGACCGACCAGCUCUUCAAGUACAUGUACAGCACAGCGCCGCAGCCCUCGAAGUCGGAUCUGCACACGGUGCCUUUAGCGGGCUAUGGAUAUGGCCUGCCGAUCUCAAGGCUCUACGCUCGCUACUUCCACGGCGACAUUGUGCUGCUCUCCUGCGAGGGAUUCGGCACCGAUGCGAUCAUUUAUCUGAAGGCUCUGUCCGACGAGGCCAACGAAUUGCUGCCGAUCUUCAACAAAACAAGCUCUAAGUUCUAUCGCGCCACCGUGCCAACGGGUGACUGGUCCAAUCAGAGCUCCGAUAUGAAUGCACGCCAGCUGUCGGCCAGCAUACCAAAGCGCUGCGACUUUAUUCAGGACGCUUGAAGGAGGCGCUGUGGCAGCAGGUACUCAGGUUUAGGAAAAAGGACGAUUCAGGAACAAACUGUUACGUGGAUGUCAAAAUCUCGAUAUAUAUCACUGGCCCUAGGCAAACAUUCCCAAACUGCAGCAGCAACAGAAGCAACUGAAAUUUGUAUUCAUGGCAGUAACGUGUAGUUAUCGUGUUGUUAUUUGAAAACGAAAAAAAAAACGGAUGCAUAAUAAAUAAUGCAAAUUGUUAAAGAUCAA